AUGUCUGCGAUGGUAGUGCGCGACCCGCAUUCAUCUUGGUAUACACCCGCGCUGGGCCAGGAGAAGCGAAACAUCGCGGCGGAAGCGUACCAUGCGGCCAUCGAGCAUCUCAAGAACGAGCUUGGUAUUUCCCUGGGAGAUCUGGUGACGAACGGUCAGGGUGCAUCUGUGAAGGAUGUACUCAGUGUGGUGGAGACAGCCAAGAGAAAAUACGACGAGAAGUCUAAAGAGCAUACCGGAAUGCGCCGAUCUCUGGAAAAGAUAUCUUUGCGCAUUAUGCAUUAUAGCAAAGUCCUGGACACCCUAGCGCAACACCACCCUGAAUACGUCGCUCUAGCUUGGGGCGCUGUGAAGCUUGUUCUCACUGGUAUCAUCAACCGCGCCAAUCUUGUCCAAAAGUUGUCACAAGCUCUCGUUGCCGUCGCAAACGUCUUGCCGCGGAUGGACCUUAGCGCGGAGUUGUAUCGAACCGGAGAUAUGGAGGCCGCACUCUCACGGGUCUACGCACACAUCAUACUAUUCUUUCAUCUCUGCGUUCAAUGGUACAACCGGAGUCCGCUCGGUCGGCUUUGGUCUUCCAUCACAUCGCCCUUUGAGCUCGAUUACCAAGAGCUUGUUGAGCAGAUCCAGUUGUCUUCGAAAGCGGUGGAUGACCUCGCCAAUGCUGGGUCUCGGGCUGAAGUUCGAGACAUCCAUAUUCUCACAGAGCUGCAAAAUCAGCAGAUUCGGGGGGUUGACAUGAAGCUCCUCGAGAUGCUGCAAAGACAGAGGAAUUUCGAAGCGCAUAUGAUCCAACUGCUGUACAAAGCAGAUUUGCAGAGGAGCAUUACAGACCGGAUAGACAACGGCGUCUGCAGCAUGAGCAAGACAGUAUAUCGUAUUGAGUUCAACGGAGUGAUGCAAUUCUUCGAACCGAAGGUAUUGCCCGAGAUGGCCCUGCUCAAAGUGCAAUCACUCGUGCGUCGGGACACAACACCAAGCUUGCCUAGCCCUAACGAACAGAGAGUGCGCAGGACCAUCCUGAAUUGGGCUUUUGGGAAGAGGUCGUCGCUUCUCGUCGUUCAAGUCGGCAUUCGUGCGCAGAAGCAAGCGAAAGAGCUGGCAACGAAUGUGAUCCAGAGCAUGAAGCUCGGAAGUCAACACGUGUUCUGGAAUCUACCGUCGGGCCGCACGUCUUCAGACGCGCAAUCCAUCAAGGAGCUGUUCAGAGGCAUCAUCUUCCAGGUACUUCAAAACUCGGGUGAUCUGUUCAGUAGCUGUGCCGAGCAGUUGAACCUCUCAAAGAUUCACGCUACUCACACGGAGCGCGAAUGGGUCGACCUUCACUUCAAAAGGCCUACCGACAUGACCCGAGUUGGAGCGAACGGCUUCGGGAACAUCUUCAGCUUAUCGCUGAUCGAAGCUCAGAAGCAGGGUGUGAGCUGA